AUGUUUCGGAAGAAGAAGAAGUGGCUGGAGAUCUUGGCCCCCUCCAACUUCGAGCACUGUGUGCACACGGGCUUUGACCAACAGGAGCAGAAGUUCACCGGGCUCCCUCGGCAAUGGCAGGGGCUUAUUGAGGAGUCAGCCCGGCAGCCCAAGCCCCUCAUCGACCCUGCCUGCAUCACCGCCAUCCAGCAUGGAGCCCCUAAGGGAGAGCCCCAUAAUCCUGCCCCUAAUGGUCCCUCCUCCGGAGGCCUCCCUCCACACUCCUCCGCCAAGCCACUGCCCCGUGCUGCCCGGGGUCCAGAGCCUGCCUCUGCCCCGGGGACCCUGAGUCCCCAUGCUUCAGAACCCCAGCUGGCCUCUCGUGCGCUCCCUCCUCCUUCAGCCCAGCUGGCCAUGCCCCCAUGUGGAUUCUACUCACCCCAGAGGGAGCCCCAGAGGGUGUCCCAUGAACAGUUCCAAGCCGUGCUGCAUCUUGUGGUGGACCCUCGGUCCUACCUGGACAACUUUAUCAAGACUGGCGAGGGCUCCACGGGUAUCGUGUGUAUCGCCACAAUCUGAAGCAGCGGUAAGCUGGUUGCUUUGAAGAAGAUGGAUCUUCGGAAGCAGCAGCGACGGGAGCUGCUCUUCAAUGAGGUGGUCAUCAUGCGGGAUUAUCAGCACAAAAAUGUGGUAGAGAUGUACAACAGCUACCUGGUUGGGGAUGAGCUCUGGGUGGUCUUAGAGUUCCUGGAAGGGGGUGCCCUCACGGACAUCGUCACCCACACCAGGAUGAAUGAAGAACAGACUGCCGCUGUGUGCCUCACUGUCCUGAAAGCUUUGUCUGUGCUCCAUGCCCAGGGCAUGAUCCACUGGGACAUCAAAAGCGACUCAAUCCUGCUGACCCAUGAUGGGCGGGUGAAGCUCUCUGACUUUGGCUUCUGUGCCCAGGUGAACAAAGAGGUGCCCAGGAGGAAGUCCCUGGUGGGCACUCCCUACUGGAUGGCUCCCAAGCUCAUCUCCUGCCUGCCCUAUGGGCCGGAGGUGGACAUAUGGUCCCUUGGAGUGAUGGUCAUUGAGAUGGUAGAUGGGAAGCCCCCGUAUUUCAAUGAGCCGUGGUUGAAAGCUAUGAAGAUGAUCUGGGACAACCUGCUCCCCAAGCAGAAAAACGUACACAAGGUUUCCCCCUCCCUGAAGGGCUUCCUGGAUCGCCUGCUGGUGCAGGACCCUGCGCAGAGAGCCACGGACAGUGUACUGUUGAAGCACCCUUUCCUGGGCAAGGCAGGCCCACCAGCCAGCAUCUUCCCCCUCAGGCAUCAGAAUCACAUGAGAUGA